AUGGUGAUCGUGACCAGAGGAGAUUACAUAUGGAUCGAGCCAGUGUCGGGUCGGGAGUUCGAUGUCGCGAUCGGUGCUCGGGUACUUGCAGCUGAAGGCCGACGAAUACGAGUCCGAGACGACGACGGCCAAGAACAAUGGCUACCUCCCGAGAGGCGCAUCAAAGCCAUGCACGCCACCUCCGUGCAUGGCGUGGAAGACAUGAUCUCUUUAGGAGAUCUGCAUGAAGCCGGCAUACUUAGAAACUUACUCAUACGAUACAACGAUAAUCUUAUUUAUACGUAUACGGGCUCUAUAUUAGUAGCAGUGAAUCCAUAUCAAAUUCUACCCAUAUACACGGCAGACCAGAUAAAAUUAUACAAAGAACGCAAGAUCGGUGAAUUACCGCCGCACAUCUUCGCAAUCGGUGACAAUGCGUAUGCGCACAUGCGGCGCUAUGGGCAGGACCAGUGUAUUGUCAUUAGUGGUGAAUCGGGUGCUGGAAAGACUGAAUCUACUAAAUUAAUUCUACAGUACUUAGCAGCUAUUAGCGGCAAACAUUCUUGGAUAGAACAACAGAUCUUAGAAGCUAACCCAAUACUUGAAGCAUUUGGUAAUGCGAAAACUGUGCGAAACGAUAAUUCAUCUCGUUUCGGUAAAUACAUAGACAUACAUUUUAACAGUAACGGUGUUAUCGAAGGUGCCAAAAUAGAACAAUAUUUAUUAGAAAAAUCGAGAAUAGUCUUUCAAGGCCCCGAGGAGAGAAACUAUCAUGUAUUUUACUGUCUUCUUGCUGGGUUGUCGAAAGAGGAAAAGAAGAAAUUGGAGUUAGGUGAUGCUUCAGAGUAUAGAUAUUUAUCUGCUGGAGGAAACUUCAGUUGCGAAGGAAGAGAUGAUGCCGCUGAGUUUGCAGAUAUUAGAUCAGCGAUGAAAGUAUUGCUGUUCACAGAAUCCGAAAUAUGGGAUAUACUCAAAUUAUUAGCCGCUGUAUUGCACUGUGGUAAUAUAAAAUACGAAGCCACAGUGGUAGAUAAUUUGGAUGCCACAGAAAUAAUAGAACAGUCGAAUGUCAAACGCGUCGCUCAUCUACUCGGAUUACCCGUUCCAUCUCUUAUCAAAGCUUUGACGAGGAAAACUUUGUUUGCUCAUGGAGAAACAGUGGUAUCCACAUUAAGCAGAGAGCAGUCUGUGGAUAUCAGAGAUGCAUUCGUUAAGGGAAUUUAUGGUAGGCUAUUUGUUACCAUAGUCAAGAAGAUUAACGCAGCUAUUUACAAACCAAAAGCAACAAUGCGAACCGCGAUAGGUGUAUUAGAUAUAUUCGGGUUUGAAAACUUCGACCACAAUAGUUUUGAACAGUUUUGUAUCAAUUUUGCGAAUGAGAAUUUACAACAAUUUUUCGUAAGGCAUAUAUUUAAGCUUGAACAAGAGGAAUACAACCAUGAAGGAAUCAACUGGCAACAUAUAGAAUUUGUUGACAAUCAAGAUGCACUAGACCUGAUUGCGUUAAAGCAGCUCAACAUUAUGGCGCUGAUUGAUGAAGAGUCGAAGUUCCCGAAAGGCACAGAUCAAACUAUGUUAGCCAAAUUGCACAAAACACACGGCCUUCACAGAAACUACCUCAAACCGAAAUCGGAUAUAAACACUAGUUUUGGUCUCAACCAUUUCGCUGGUAUAGUAUUCUACGACACACGAGGUUUUCUAGAGAAAAAUCGAGACACGUUCAGCGCUGACCUCUUACAACUUAUACACAUUUCGACAAACAAAUUCCUUCAACAAAUCUUCCAAGACGAUAUAGUAAUGGGUUCUGAAACGAGGAAACGCACUCCAACACUAUCGACACAGUUCAAAAAAUCAUUAGAUCUAUUAAUGAGAACUUUAGGAACGUGCCAACCAUUCUUCAUACGUUGCAUAAAACCAAACGAGUUCAAAAAACCAAUGAUGUUUGACAGAGGUCUGUGUUGUCGACAGCUUCGGUAUUCGGGUAUGAUGGAAACAAUUCGAAUCCGUAGAGCAGGAUAUCCAAUCAGACACAGCUUUAAAGAGUUUGUUGAACGAUAUAGGUUCCUCAUUUCGGGUGUGCCGCCGGCUCAUAAGACCGACUGCAGAGCUGCUACGGCCAAAAUAUGCGCAACAGUUUUGGGGAAGUCGGACUAUCAGCUAGGUCAUACCAAAGUGUUUUUGAAGGAUGCCCACGACCUGUUCCUCGAACAAGAGCGAGACAGGGUCCUCACUAGGAAGAUAUUAAUAUUACAAAGGUCUAUACGUGGCUGGGUGUACAGAAGGCGGUUCUUGAAGAUGCGGGCAGCGGCUGUUCUUAUACAACGUCAUUGGCGUGGAAAACUACAGAGAAUACGGUAUAAUAAGAUGAAGGUGGGAUAUGCGAGACUGCAAGCUUUGAUCCGGGCGAGAGUGCUGGCCCAUCGGUUCCGACAUUUGAGGGGACAUAUAGUAUCAUUGCAGGCUGCUGCCCGAGGGUACUUAGUUCGUCGUUCGUACGGACACAAAAUGUGGGCUAUAGUCAAAAUACAGAGCCACGUGCGACGGCUAAUCGCCAUGCGUCGAUAUCGGCGUAUGAAGCAAGACGCUAUAGCGCACAACGAGGCGUUGCGCCUGCGCAGGCAAGAAGAGCAGCGGCUACAGCACCAGGGCAAUACUCGUGCUAAAGAGAUAGCUGAACAAAACUAUAGGGAGCGCAUGUACGAAUUGGAGAGGCGCGAAGCUGAGUUAGCGCUAGAAGAGAAACGACAGUUAGAAGCGAAGAGGACUCUUCUGCAAGAAGCAGCUCGCAAGCAAGACGAGCCGGUGGAUGACAGCAAACUAGUAGAAGCUAUGUUUGAUUUCCUACCUGACUCAAGUAGCGAAGCACCAGCGCCGAAGGAUACUUGUGCAUUCAGUGAUUUACCACAACAACGGGCAGACCAACAAGAGAUGGUCACCCCAAUGCAAACGACAUCGGAAGACGAAGAAGAUCUUUCCGAGUUUAAGUUCCAAAAGUUCGCAGCUACUUAUUUUCAAGGCAAUGUUACACACCAGUAUUCAAGAAAACCGCUGAAACAUCCUCUUCUACCGCUACAUACGCAAGGCGAUCAAUUGGCUGCACAAGCGUUAUGGAUAACAAUAUUGCGCUUUACUGGGGACCUUCCAGAACCAAGAUAUCAUACGAUGGACAGAGAUAACACGUCGGUGAUGUCAAAAGUCACGGCUACACUUGGCAGGAAUUUUAUACGGUCCAAGGAGUUUCAGGAAGCUCAAAUGAUGGGCGUCGACCCAGAUGCUUAUUUAAAUAAACAAAAACCGAGGUCGAUAAGACACAAACUUGUGUCUUUAACUUUGAAGAGGAAGAACAAACUCGGAGAGGACGUGAGAAGAAAACUUCAGGACGAAGAAUACACAGCGGACAGUUAUCAAUCGUGGUUGGAAUCGCGACCAACUUCGAAUUUGGAAAAACUUCAUUUCAUUAUUGGCCACGGUAUCCUCCGGGCUGAAUUGAGAGAUGAAAUUUACUGUCAAAUCUGUAAACAACUGACCAAUAACCCAUCAAAAUCGUCUCAUGCUCGUGGAUGGAUUUUGCUAUCAUUAUGUGUCGGUUGUUUUGCACCCAGUGAGAAAUUCGUCAAUUAUUUGAGAGCUUUCAUCAGAGAAGGGCCUCCCGGUUAUGCGCCUUAUUGUGAAGAUCGUUUAAAAAGAACCUUUAAUAAUGGGACCAGAAAUCAACCUCCAUCUUGGUUAGAACUGCAGGCGACGAAAUCUAAAAAGCCUAUAAUGUUGCCAAUAACAUUUAUGGAUGGCAACACUAAAACUCUUUUAGCGGAUUCGGCGACAACGGCUCGUGAAUUAUGUAAUCAGUUGUCAGAUAAAAUUGCAUUACGAGAUCAAUUCGGAUUUUCCCUCUAUAUUGCCCUAUUUGACAAAGUUAGUUCGCUGGGGAGCGGGGGUGAUCACGUAAUGGAUGCUAUAUCUCAAUGUGAACAGUACGCUAAGGAACAAGGCGCACAAGAAAGAAAUGCACCGUGGAGAUUGUUCUUCAGAAAGGAAAUAUUUGCGCCGUGGCACGAUCCGACUGAAGACCAAGUAGCGACAAAUCUUAUUUAUCAGCAAGUCGUCCGAGGUGUAAAGUUCGGCGAAUACAGGUGUGACAAGGAAGAAGACUUAGCUAUGAUUGCCGCUCAGCAGUAUUACAUUGAGUAUGGCCAAGACAUGAACAACGAACGCUUGUAUACAUUACUGCCGAAUUAUAUACCCGACUACUGCUUAACGGGCGUCGAAAAAGCUGUCGAUCGAUGGGGCUCCCUAGUAGUUCAAGCGUACAAAAAGAGUUAUUAUGUUAAAGAAAAAGUUCCUGCCUAUAGAGUUAAAGAAGACGUAGUGAGUUAUGCUAAGUUUAAAUGGCCUUUGUUAUUCUCAAGGUUCUAUGAGGCGUACAGAAAUUCCGGACCCAACUUGCCUAAAAACGAUGUAAUAAUCGCAGUAAAUUGGACCGGUGUUUAUGUCGUCGAUGAUCAGGAACAGGUACUUCUCGAACUGUCAUUCCCUGAAAUAACGACCGUUUCCAGUCAAAAGACCAAUAAAGUUUUUACUCAAACAUUCAGUUUGGCUACAGUGCGAGGCGAAGAAUUCACUUUCCAAAGUCCUAAUGCUGAAGACAUUAGAGAUCUAGUCGUUUACUUCUUGGAAGGUUUGAAGAAGAGAUCUAAAUUCGUCAUAGCGCUACAAGAUUAUAAGGCUCCAGGAGAAGGUUCUAGCUUUUUGACAUUCCAAAAGGGAGAUCUUAUCAUAUUAGAAGAAGAUAGUACAGGGGAAUCGGUGCUAAACAACGGUUGGUGUAUUGGACGCUGUGAAAGAUCGAUGGAAAGAGGUGACUUCCCCGCUGAAACAGUUUAUGUCCUUCCCGCUUUGACGAAGCCACCUCCCGAUAUACUGGCUCUCUUCUGCCAAGAAGGUGCACAACAUGGCCGUAAAGCUCCAACUAGUACUUUUAAUGGGACCGAUUCCAGAGAUAAGCCUCACACAUUAUUAGAAUACGCAUUAGACCACUUUAGAUUACCGCCCAAACGAACGACAUCAAAAACGCUAACCCUUUCUUCAGCCAAAAGGGGCGGGGCCGAGGAAUUAUGGCGACAUGCAAGAGAACCUAUAAAACAACCUUUACUCAAGAAAUUGCAGACUAAAGAAGAGCUAGCUGAAGAAGCUUGCUUUGCUUUUACUGCCAUACUGAAAUACAUGGGUGAUUUACCAUCAAAGCGCCCUAGAAUUGGCAAUGAAUACACAGAUCACAUCUUCGAUGGACCUCUCAAGCAUGAAAUUUUACGUGACGAAAUAUAUUGUCAAAUAAUGAAGCAACUAACAGAUAAUAGAAAUAGAAUGUCCGAAGAGAGGGGAUGGGAACUAAUGUGGCUGGCGACGGGCUUGUUCGCUUGCAGUCAAGGUCUUCUUAGAGAAUUAACUGUAUUCCUUAGAACUAGAAGAUAUCCAAUUGCUCAAGAUUCCCUCCAAAGAUUACAGAAGACACUCAGAAAUGGCCAGAGGAAAUAUCCGCCUCACCAAGUUGAAGUCGAGGCGAUUCAACAUAAAACUACUCAAAUAUUUCACAAGGUAUACUUUCCUGACGAUACCGAUGAGGCGUUUGAAGUGGAUUCAUCCACUAGAGCAAAGGACUUCUGUCAAAAUAUAGCGCAAAGAUUGAAUCUCAGAUCUAGUGAAGGCUUUAGUUUAUUUGUUAAGAUAGCUGAUAAGGUUAUAUCUGUUCCCGAAGGCGACUUUUUCUUCGACUUCGUGAGACAUUUAACGGACUGGAUUAAGAAAGCGAGGCCGACGCGAGAUGGAAUAACACCUCAGUUUACAUAUCAGGUUUUCUUCAUGAAAAAACUCUGGACAAACACAGUUCCGGGUAAAGACAGAGCUGCGGACGUAAUCUUUCACUUCCACCAGGAGUUACCGAAACUACUUCGUGGAUACCACCGAUGCGGGCGAGAGGAGGCCGCUAGGCUUGCUGCUUUAGCUUAUCGUGCACGCUUUGGAGACAACAAACAGGAGUUGCAAGCAAUACCUCAAAUGCUCCGCGAGUUAGUUCCAGCAGACUUGAUAAAGCUACAGAGCUCAGCUGAUUGGAAGCGCGCUAUUGUAGCAUCGUAUAACCAGGAUGCUGGUAUGACACCUGAAGAUGCAAAGAUAACAUUCCUGAAGGUUAUAUACCGGUGGCCAACAUUUGGAUCUGCAUUCUUCGAAGUUAAACAGACUACGGAACCCAACUAUCCGGAGUUGUUGCUGAUAGCAAUUAACAAACACGGUGUUAGCUUGAUACAUCCACAGUCAAAGGACAUACUAGUGACGCACCCAUUCACCAGAAUAUCAAACUGGUCAUCCGGAAACACAUAUUUUCACAUGACAAUCGGGAACCUGGUGCGAGGCUCUAAGCUACUGUGUGAAACUUCUCUCGGCUACAAAAUGGACGAUCUGCUUACUUCAUAUAUCUCCCUUAUGUUGACCAAUAUGAACAAGCAACGAUCGAUGCGUGUUAAGUAA